AUGUCUGCCUUACCGACCCCUUCCGCCAAAUCCCGCGGCCACAGGUCUCAUCAUAGCCUGCCCAAUGCGCUUCUGGACGCCCGCUUCAGCUCCAUGAAUCACUCCGAUCUGUCGACGCCCUCCGACGACGAUUUAGCCGACCCAAAUGACAUCCCCUCGCACGACGUCCAGUCACUCGUGGGCGUCAGUAUCGGCCAUGCCCAGACGCACUUCACCUCGCCCACCACCCCCGCCGCCGAGAAGGUUGCUGCCAUGGACGACUUGAUGGACGGUCCCUUUGGAGACACAAGCCAGUAUGGACUAGAGGGCGCCAAUGACCCCAAGGCCGGCGAUAGCACGGGAACCUCGACGCCCACGGUCCUCAGCUCUCAGCUGCUGCAGUCGCCCAGGGAAAGUCCGCCGGAACCCGCCACACCCCGCCUGGAGAGCUCGCCCAAGCGGAUGCCGUCGCCAUGGAGGUCCGGCCCCAAGGUCUUUCAGAGGUCCGACGAGCUGCGUCAAUCGUUACGGGAGAGCUUUGCCGGCCACCGCCGCCGCGCCUCGUCGGGCUCCCAGAACGACGGCUCCAAGAAACGUCUCACCUUCAGCAUGCCAAAGAGCCCCAACCUUCUUAGCAGCUUCACCUUUCCUGGUUGGCCAAGCAGCCAGGACCGCCGCGAGAAUAAUGAUACUGCGUCAAGCUCGAGGAAGGGAAGGUCGCAGACAUUGAUGGCCCCGCCCAGCCCUCGGCCAGACAUUGACUCGGCCUCGUCCAAGAGUGCAAGCUCCAACGUGUCUGCUCAUACGCGUCGCUCGACCAUCCAGAACGACGGCGCAAAGUCCCCUGCUCCCCAAGAAGCCCCUCCGCAAGUGAUUGUCGAGAAGCCUACGCCCGCGCGACCUCAGUCAAUAAACAGACAGCUGACACAGCGCAGUCUGAAGAGAUCGGCGUCGGACGAGUCCCUCGUCCUCCAUCGUACUCUAUCCAGAGCCUCUUCUCUUGGUGAUGACAGCCGAUUUGAGCAUGUGUCUGAGCAGGUGAACAGCCGUCUGAAGGCCAUCAAGGACUCGUGGCAGGACGCAAACUUCAAGCUUCCUGGCAUGCCGUCCAUGCCUAGCCUUAAUAUCCCCUCGUCUCUGUCCUCGUCCCUCACUGACCUCACGAGAGGCCGAGCUAGCUCGCUGAAGGGGUCUUCCUCAAAUAGCACACGGAAGGCUACCCCGAGCCCGUUGAAUUUGAACAAGGCUUCCGUCGAAAGUGCGAAGAAAAGCCCGAGAUUUGGUGGUGGCAACGCUGGCAUGACUCCAGCCGCUGCUGCACAGCACCCGUACUUUACCAAAGCUGUUCAGGACCUCACGGGCGAUGUGGUUAUCUUAGGAGGCUAUCGCGGCUCUAUUCUGCGGUCUGCAGAACCCCCGCACCGCCAGCUUUGGGUGCCGAUCAAGGUCGGGCUGAACCUGCGUAAAGUCGAUCUGGAAGUUGGCCUUAACCCGGAGGACGAAGAGACGAUGGAGGAACGCGUGAUUCCUGGCGGCAUGUUGACACACGUCGGACCAGUUGACGUCGCACGAAGACUAUUCAAGCGCCUGCGCGCCUCGGAGAAUGCAUUGAACGGUGACCUUCGCAUUCAUGAGUACUCGUAUGACUGGAGACUGAGCCCGCACCUGCUCAGCCGCAAGCUCAUCCAGUACUUGGAGCAACUGCCUUGCAAUCAGCCAGACACGCCCAAGGAGAAGAGGGGUGCUAUAGUCAUCGCGCACAGUCUUGGUGGUCUCAUCACUCGCCACGCCAUCAACAAGAGGCCAGAGCUGUUCUCCGGCGUCAUCUACGCUGGCACUCCGAACACAUGCGUCAACAUCCUCGGUCCGCUCCGCAAUGGAGAUGACGUCCUCCUCAGCUCACGUGUCCUGACUGCGCAAGUCAACUUCACCAUCAGGACGAGCUUCGCACUCUUGCCGCUCGACGGGAAAUGCUUCUUCAACAAGGAGACCAAGGAGGAGUUCCCAAUUGACUUCUUUGACGUUCAGACAUGGAUCGACCACGCCCUUUCGCCAGUCAUCACGACGCCUCUCCCUCCGUUCAAGGACAGCAAUUCCCCCAGCGGCAUCACUGGCGUCAUCAGCUCCAUGGCCAGCGUUCUCCCUAGCCUCCCGUCCAUCGGCCGCAAGAGCUCCCUCCACAAAAAUAGCAACUCCACCAGCCAAUCCGACAAGCUCAAGGACGAAAAGGCCAAAGCGACCUCCGCCGCCAAAACCGCCAACGCCGAAGCCAAAGCCGAAGGCGGCGCAGCAGGCAGCGGCAUGGCGCCGCAGAUGGGCGGCAACAACACCGACUCCCCCUUCUCCAGCAACAACAGCAACCCCGCCACGGCCGUCACCAUCCCCCGCGACGCCGCCAUCGCCUACCUCACGCGCACGCUCGCCGAAGUCAAAAAAUUCAAAGAAGAACUCGCCUUCAGACCGGAGCUCGGAACCGCCAGCCACGGCGGCACCAACGCCUACCCCCCCGCCGCCGUCAUCUACGGCAAAUCCAUCCCGACCGUGUACGGCGCCAAGGUCCUGUCCCGCGAGCACAUCCGCCACACCGACUGCUACGACGACCUGGCUUUCGCGAGCGGUGAUGGAGUGGUGCUCGCCCGCGCCGCGCAGGUGCCUGAGGGGUACAGCGUCGUGCGUGGCGGCUGCGUGAGCUCUGAUCGCGGCCACGUCACGUUGUUGGGGGAUUUGGAGGCGAUUGGGAGGUGUCUCGGUGCGGUGUCCGGUGCGAGGAGGGCGGGGGUGGGGUUGGGGGAGGAGUGGGGGGUGCAGGCGAGGGAGAAGGAGAAGGAACGGGAGAGGGAGAAGGAGCGUGGGAGGGGGAGGAAGGGGAGGGUGGUGGAGGAGGUGCCGACGGCCGUGGCGACGCAGCAGCCGCUGGUUAACGGCCAGACUGCUGUUGUGUGA